AUGCAGUACACCGACUUGCUGGUCCCUGAAUCAAAUGAGAUACUGUGUCCGGGCUGUCGGAAUUUUGCAUCGGCUGAGCUCUACACACACAUGCAUGGGCGGACUGGCGCAGACCCAACGAGGGCGACUGUCACGCAUCAACUGAAUUCGUAUUCCGUACUCAGUUAUGUGGUAUGUUCGCCCAUGGGAAAAACUGCAACGUUGCUUAGUAUUUUGUCUGGCCAUUUUCCCGGCUGUUCUCCAGCAAACGUACUUGGCGAACACAGCAUAUCGGCGAGCAACAUUACCUUUUUAUCUUACGGUAGUUGUAACCACAAAUCCCAUAAUUCCGCGUGGUCGAUAACCCUUAAUUCCUUAUCUAACGGCCUGUGUACGCGUAGUCCACAAUUACAGAUGGCA